AGGAAACAUAAUGGACUGUCUGUCACUGGUGAGGGUUAUGAUCUCUUUAAUGGACGUCCACGGGGUCGCUCGGCGAUGUGGAGGCAGGGGUUGGUUUUCCGAUACCGGUCAUGGAUUGUGUUGGGAUUGAAUUAGGGUUCUAGCGAAGGAUAUAGGUGAAGAAAUCGAGCGGCCAUGACUUCCCAUUCAGACGAAGAGUUCGUCCUUCUUGAAUUGACGGAUCCUUCCCCAGUAGAAGAGAAGCUUAAGCAGGAGGUCAUAUCGAUUUCCGUCACAGAAGUCGAAACCUGGGAUCUUCCUUUGAUUGUUCAAUCAAGAACCGUCAGAGUUCAGGCUAACCGUAGCAGGCUCAUUCAUCAGUCUUCGUACUUUCAUGGUCUUCUUGGUGGAAAUUUCCGUGAAUCAAGCCUCAACUAUGUUUCAAUCCAAUGGAACAUAGAAACAGUUAUUAAUGUCCUGCAGUUUAUCCAUGGUUCUUCACUCAGUAUAACAUCUAGCAAUUUUAUCCCCCUUUUGGAGGGUGCGCUGUUUUUUGGAGUUGAGAGGCUUUUGUUGGAAUGUGAAACUUGGUUUUGUAAGAUCACAUCUGAAAGAGGGCUCUCUUCACGGCAGAUAUCACUGGGCACCAUAAUUGAAAUCUGGAAUUUCAGCUUAGAAAAUGGAAUUGGCUUUGUUGCAGAACUAUGCAAAGGCUAUCUGGCACGCAAUUUUGCAUGGGCUAUUUCAUGUAGCUUGUUUGCUUGUAUUCCAUAUAACUUAUUACAUUCCUCCUUAGAAGACCCUCAGCUGACUGUGGACAGUGAGAAGCAACUCUGUGAGGCUCUUCUGAUCUGGCUUUCUAACAAUGCAAAAUCUUCAGAAUGCAUGCCAGUCAUCUCUGGAAACAACAAGUUUGAUAUUCUUAAGAAGGUCAGGAUCUGCCUUCUGCCUUUGGGGUUUGCUGCAGAGCUAAGGAGACACUUAUCCCAGUUUGCGGAUGAGAUUGUUAAUACAAUCCUUGACAUGAUAAAAGAUUGUUACUCAAGCCUACUGCGUUCCAUUACAGAUGAUAAUGUAGACAAAUUCAGAAUACGUUUAACAGAAUAUUCUGAGAAAAUAAUACUUUCAGGCUGCGCCCAUAUAACGGAGGCCUUUUUGUUUCUGGCUGUGCUUCCAUCUGAUUUGGAUGCUACAUCGAGGAAAACAAUCUUAUCUGCUUUUACUGGACUUGAUCAUCAUACUGCAGAUCAUUAUCAAAAAUUGAUGAAGUCAAUUAAGAUGUUAUCUUUUGAAGCUGUACAUGAGAUUGAUAUAUCUCAGUGUUCAAAGGUCCAUUCUGCUGCUGCUGUUAUAUGGUUACACUUGGCAUUGCCAUCAUUAAGAACAUUAAAAGCAUCUCAUAAUCUGCAAUUUAAAUUGGAAGAUUUGUAUUGCGUGAUACAAAAAUGUCCUCUGAUCGCUGAAGUUGAUUUGACUGUGGAUGUUAGUUCGGUGAUACCCACAAAAGUAUCAGUAUUGUCUGCUAGUGCUGAAAGAUAUCAACUUUCAGAUUGCAGGUCCUGUAAGAUGCUGGAAAAAAUACUGUUAUCAAAUAUUGAAAAUCUUACAUUGAGAAAUCCAGUUCUGUCAAAUAUCACAAAACUGACUUUGGAAGGUCGAAAUGAUCUCAAUGAUCUGGACCUGCUGAAGAUCUCUGCUCUCUCUGAUUCUUUAUCUUACUUAAACAUUAAAGGGUGUACUGUUGUAACAGAUGCAGGCAUAUCCAAGCUUCUAUGCAAAUGCUUCAAAAUCCUUUCACUGAUUUUAUCUUACACAUCCUUUGGGAUAAAUUCAAUUCUAACGCUUUGUUCUGGUUGUAUAUUGCCUGAUAGCUUUCCCGAAAUUCAUCAUGAUCACAAAUAUUCAAACACAAUGGCAUUUAGGCUCCAACAGCUUGAUAUAGGCGGCUGUAAAGGUGCUGACCAAAUUUCUAUGUUACAACUUAUGAGCUGUACAUAUAUGUUGAAGCUUCUGAGUUUAAGGGAGACUUCCCUUAUCGAUGAUGUUCUUUACAACUUCAUGGGUUCUUCUCUGGAGAGCAUUGAUGUCUCUGAGACCAUGGUUUCUAUGAAAGCUUUAACUUCUGUUGUUAGACAAAAUCCAGGUGUAAGGAUUUUGAAAGCAACUGGCUGUAGAAACUUGCAUCAGCCCAAUUGUGAUGAUUGGAUGCUCACUGGUGGUGCCAGCUUUGAAGAUCUUCUCUGCGAGUUAAGUAAGAGUUGUGUCAUGGAAGAAAUGGCUUUUGGAUGGGGAUUUUCCUGUUUAACAAUGAAAGAACUAGAACCUGCUGUGAGAAAAUUAAGGGGAGUAACUCUUGGUAUGGGUGCAUCACCAGGCCAUUAUGUGCUCUGUGAACUUCCAAAGAUGUGUCCAUUGCUAGAGUCUGUCAUUCUCAUUUUUCAGGUGAUUUCUGACAGUAUAUUGAGAAGUAUCCUGGAAUCCUUAAAACAUCUGCGGGUGCUAGGAUUAUGCUGCUGUCUUGGUGAACUGACUUCGUUUAGCUUUUGGAUCAGCAUGCCUAUGUUAAAGACACUGAGGCUAGAGUGGGUAACUCCAUGGAUGACAAAUAAUGAUUUGGCAAUCCUGACCCAGAUCUGUCCAAACAUUGUUGAACUUUCUUUGUCAGGGUGUAAACUUCUUGAUUCAGACUCACAGGAAAUCAUUUGUUCUGGAUGGCCAGGCUUGACAUAUAUUCAUUUGGAGGACUGUGGCAAAAUAACAUCUAAUGGAGUUUCUUUUCUUUUCAAUUGCAAAGCUGUUGAAGAUCUCUUAUUACGCCACAUUGGGCGAGGUAUUGGAAGGAACUUCAUAUGUGAUGCUGCUUUAGAGUUGCCUGUGCUCCGGAAGGUUGCAUUGGAUCUCUGCGAUGCUUGUGAAGGAGGUUUUGUCAGCCCAAGUCAUGCUGAGAGGUAUUCUGUCAGCACUGUGAAAAUUAGUCGCUGCAAGUCACAGAGAUGCACAUUUGAGUUUCAGACGGUGGAGACAUUCAAGCCAGUGCAUAACGAAACUAUUGUUUUAGAGUGGAAUAGCACGGAACUGCGGACAACAAUGGUGAAAGAAAGAAUAUAGCGUGGGGACAAAUGCAAAACAGGGUCUGGGGCUCACAGACAACAGAUAGAUAUUCCCCAAAGCUAUACCCCAUCCUCAGUUUUGUAAGAAACAGUAGGGUGCGACUGCUCCGAUGGGAAUCCGGGGCUGUUGAGACACAUGAUGCUAUAUAAAGGUGUACGUUAGAGAAAGAAUUUAGCUGUACCGGAAAUUAUAAGAACACCUUUUGGGCUUUCACAAUCACUUAGAAAAAAAGGGAAAUUAAGGUGCCAUAUUUUUCAGAUUCCUACAGGACACUGGUACUUCAAGCAUUAUAAUACGGGUUGUACAACAAAAUAUAGGUUCAAUAAAAUAAACUGGAGGAUGAUAGCUUACUAUUUCUUCAUCCCCAAAUUGCUAUUUCAA